AUGGAGUGGCGAGUCUUUGUUGGCGCUGCCGCUGCCGCUGCCGCUGCCGCUGCCGCUGCCGCUGCCGCUGCCGCUGUUGCAAGCCUCAACAAUCUUGACCCCGUCUCCAGCUGGGCCACCAUUCUCGCCAGCGUUGCCAGAGUCGACAUCAACUGUCUCAACGACAACGUGCAGUACAACCCCAGCCAGCAGCAGAUUGGCUGCGUCUCUGGCAACCUUUGCGCGUUUACGCAGAACCUGUUCCCCUCGGUCUGGCUUACUAGUGCCGAGAUCAAGAUGUUUAGUCAGUAG